UUCUAACUUUAGGAUACUUGUGAAAGAUGGUGGAUCGCUUGGCAAACAGUGAGGCAAAUACAAGACGAAUAAGCAUAGUGGAAAACUGCUUUGGAGCAGCUGGGCAGCCUCUGACUAUUCCUGGUCGCGUUCUCAUCGGAGAAGGAGUCUUAACAAAGCUGUGCAGGAAGAAACCCAAAGCGAGGCAGUUCUUCCUGUUCAAUGACAUUCUUGUUUACGGUAACAUUGUCAUCCAGAAGAAGAAAUACAAUAAGCAGCACAUAAUUCCCCUGGAAAACGUCACUAUUGAUUCCAUCCAAGACGAGGGCGACUUGCGGAACGGGUGGCUCAUCAAGACGCCCACCAAGUCGUUUGCAGUUUAUGCCGCCACUGCCACAGAGAAGUCCGAGUGGAUGAACCACAUAAACAAGUGUGUUUCCGACCUGCUUUCCAAAAGCGGGAAGACUCCUAGCAAUGAACACGCGGCCGUCUGGGUGCCGGACUCGGAAGCCGCCGUGUGCAUGCGCUGCCAGAAAGCCAAGUUCACGCCCGUCAACCGCCGCCACCACUGCCGCAAAUGCGGCUUCGUCGUGUGCGGGCCCUGCUCCGAGAAGAGGUUUCUUCUUCCCAGCCAGUCCUCCAAGCCCGUGCGGAUCUGUGACUUCUGCUUCGAGCUCCUCUCCACUGGGGAGAUGGCUGCUUGUCAGCCCGCUCGGUCAGACUCCUACAGCCAGUGCCCCAAAUCCCCUUUGAAUGAUGUAUCCGAUGAGGAGGAUGAAGACAGUAGCGACUAAGGGCCAAACGUUGUUUUCCAUGUUUUGCGAUUGGUGUU